CUCGUUUAGUCGUUGAAGUCUGUCUCAGAAAUCUGUCUUUCUCAUUAUCGUAAAACUCUUCUUGUGAAACGACCGCAACUAUAUUACACGAUACUGGACGUUAAAAGAAAAAAGGAAGAGAAAGAGAUAUAGAAAAGAAGAAACAUAAAUAAUUUUGAAUUUAAAAUCGAAUGUUCGAAUAAUCACGUUAAAUAUUAUAACUUUUGCGAGGAAACAAUUAAUAAAAGCAAGUGUCAAUAAGUUUAUCGAGCUAUUGUGCUCAUAUUUCGUAAUUCGUAAGAGUGAAAUGACAAAUUGCUGACAACAGCAAAGAGGAACGGUAGAACAACAGAAAUGACGACUUUAACGACUAAUGACGUCGGAGAGAGAGAAAAAAAAGAUCGAAAUCUGACGGAAAUUGAUCAAGUUAUUUGUGAGGUGGACGAUGAUAUUACAUUGGAGGAUCUGGCACCGGACGGUGGUUGGGGGUGGAUGGUGGCUUUGGCGAUGAUCAUCGUUCUUGUGACGACACUCGGACCGGCUUCGUCUUUCGCCAUAAUUUUCGGUGAUUUUCUCGUGACUACUGGUCAGACUGGAACUGCCAUGACGCUCUUUAAUUCCGUCUUCAUGAUCACUUUCUCCAUCUCUAGUUUACUAACGAAUGCAUUAUUGAAGAAAUAUUCGAUGAGACCAGUUGGAAUCGCGGGUGCAAUGUUCUUCUCCAUACCAAACGUCGCAUUGGCAUUCGUUAAUAAUGUCUACGAAAUGGCAUUCAUAUUCUUUCUUCAAGGGAUUGGAAUAGGUCUUCUUAUUACGAUAUGUAACACGAAUUUCAACGCUUACUUCGUGAAGAAACGUACUCGAGUAAUGAGCCUGGCUCAAACGAUCACCGGUAUGGGUGGCAUCGCUUAUCCCAUUUGUAUUGAAAAAAUGAUGUCAAUGUACGGUUUUCGAGGAACCGCGGCGUUGACAGGUGCUUUCAGUUUGAAUUGCAUCGCCGGUAUGACGAUGAUGCAUCCGGUCGAGUGGCAUGCCAGAGAUCCGGCGGAGGUUCGUGCAGAGAGAAUUCGCGAGGCUGAUGAGAGAAAAUCGAAAGAACUCGCUAUAUCGAAGCGACGUUCGACCAUUCAUGUCUAUCAAGAGUCUGUAUCGACCAGGAGAUGCAGUUUACGUAGUUUAAAGGAUGAGACUUCCAACGAGGUUCCUCUGCUAAUCGAUACUUACAAGAAUCAUGCAAAAAAAGUUGCAUCGAUUUCCGAGCUUGAAGGUCCUCGCUUGAGAUCGUCGUCCUUGUCGGCACGGGAAGCUUUGACUAGAAAAUUCUCUGCCCUCUCGGCAUCGAGCUUGACAAACUUGGCGAGUGGUGUCGGGGCUUUUACAGAUAUCAGACACAAUCGUUUGGAUAAAAUCACCAAGGUGGCCGAUCAAAAGAAAGGAGACCAACACGAAGAAGUUCAGGCAUUAACAAUGUCUAAUAUGUUAUCCGAACUUUUGGAGAUGUCUCUGAUAAAAGAUCGCUCGUUUUUGAAUCUAUGUUUCGGCAUCAGUUUCGUUUUUACGAGCGAUUUUACGUUUAGUUCACUACUGCCAUUAAUGUUGACCAAUUAUGGAUAUGAUACAAGCGAUGCUGCUUUGGCUGUUAUGGUUGGUGCUACAGCCGAAUUGAUUUCAAGAAUUUUACUUGCUAUUUUCACCGUUUUCGUCAAUGUCAAAGCCAGAUACUUGUUUUUCUUUGCCAUGAUUGCAAUGUCGUUCGCUAAAGCAGGAUUUUUAAUUUUCGAAAAUACCUUGAUGGGCGCAUUAGUAAUGAACGCAGCGAUUGGAAUGGUUCGUUCUUGGCUUCUAGUUCCUCAACCGUUAGUUAUCAUAGAGGACAUUAGCAUCGACAAAUUUGCAUCUGCUUAUGGUAUUUUUGCGGUUGUCAACGGUAUCGUCUCGAUUUUUGUAGGUCCCUUUAUCGGAUUUGUUAAGGAUUGGACCGACAGCUACCGAGUUUGUCAGUACGCUAUGUUAGGAAUGAAUUCCAUUUUCGUCAUUCCAUGGGCUUUGCAGUUUAUUUUCGUAGAUCUUUUAAAAUGGAGGAAGGAGCGACGAAACAAAAUUGUAUCAUCCUCCCUUAAAUAACUCAAAUGGAGAGAGAUGGAGAAAGUAAUUAGUAUAAAUAUUCAAUACUAUAAGUGUACAGAAACUGAAGGCAGUGAACACGAUAAUGAUAAAUGUGUCAACGUUCUCUAGAAACAAGAAAUAAUUAUACUCUCUAUCGAUUAUAUUACAUCAAUUAUAUAUUAUACCAAUAAUUUUAUAUGACGAUUCGAAUCAAUCGUUCAUUUAUACAUACUUCCUGAUAGAACGUUUAUCUUAUUCCUAGCUUAUUUCUUCUAUAUUAUACGUCUUCUAUAUUUAUACGUUAAGAUCACGAAUGAAAUAGAUUUAAUUUUCUAAUUUUGUCGACUACUUCUUAUUUUUUCAACUACUUUUCCGAAUACACCAAAGAUGAGGAGAACGUAGUAAUUAUCAUUUUUAUUUGCUUUGAUCUAAUGUUACAAUUGUUGUCUACGUUGAUCUUAUAUUUUUAAGCUAUUCUUACUCUAAGUCUGAAUUAAGAAUGUUAACUCGAGUACAUCCUUUGAAAAUUAUUUUACUGAAAAAUAAUAAUUUAUAAUAUGAGCGAUAUCGAUCGUAGUUUAAGUACAACUUUAUUGAACAAUUUUUUGGCGUGGCUCGAUUUUUAUUUUGAAACCAUCAGUUCUCUUCAAAAUAAUAUCAACCUGUAGUUGAAAAUCUUCUUCAGACACAUCGGCUAGAAUCUUAUAGUUUCUUAGAAUUGUUGAUAUAAGUACUUUUAGCUUUAAUAAUGCGUACUUACGUCCCACGCAGGAUCUUUAAAAUAAUUGUACAGUUAUUUAAAAUCUGAUUCAGACAAAAGCUAGAAAGAUACUCUGAUAAAUUUUAACAGCUUACCUGGGACCUGCGCUGAAAGGUAUGAAAGAAUAAUAAUGUCUCUGUUGCAUUUUUUCUGGUAAAAAGUUAUCUGGAUUAAAUUUCUCCGGAUUUGAAUAAAAUUCUGGCAUGCGAUGAAUUUUAUAAGGUGGUAUUAUGAUUCUACAUCCCGAAGGUAAAAUAUUGUUAUUGCUGGCUGUAG